AUGGUGCAGCAGGCCGAGAGCUCGGAAGCCGAGAGCAACCUGCCCCGGGACGCGCUGGACACCGAGGAGAGCGAGUUCAUGGCGUGCAGCCCGGUGGCCCUGGACGAGAGCGACCCGGACUGGUGCAAGACGGCGUCGGGCCACAUCAAGCGGCCCAUGAACGCCUUCAUGGUGUGGUCCAAGAUCGAGCGCAGGAAGAUCAUGGAGCAGUCGCCCGACAUGCACAACGCCGAGAUCUCCAAGAGGCUGGGCAAGCGCUGGAAGAUGCUGAAGGACAGCGAGAAGAUCCCGUUCAUCCGGGAGGCGGAGCGCCUGCGCCUUAAGCACAUGGCUGAUUAUCCCGACUACAAGUACCGGCCGCGCAAAAAGCCCAAGACGGACCCAGCGGCCAAGCCCAGCGCGGGUCAGAGCCCCGACAAGAGCGCGGCGGGCGCCAAGGCGGCCAAGGGCCCGGGCAAGAAGUGCGCCAAGCUCAAGGCGCCGGCGGGCAAGGCGGGCACGGGCAAGGCGGCGCAGCCCGGGGACUGCGGCGCGGGCAAGGCGGCCAAGUGCGUCUUCCUGGACGACGAAGACGACGACGAAGACGACGACGACGAGCUGCAGCUGCGGCCCAAGGCGGACGCGGACGACGACGACGACGAGCCCGCGCACUCGCACCUGCUGCCGCCGCCGGCGCAGCAGCAGCCCCCGCAGCUGCUGAGGCGCUACAGCGUGGCCAAGGUGCCCGCCAGCCCCACGCUCAGCAGCGCGGCCGAGUCCCCCGAGGGCGCGAGCCUGUACGACGAGGUGCGCGCGGGCGGCCGGCUGUACUACAGCUUCAAGAACAUCACCAAGCAGCAGCCUCCUCCCGCGCCCCCCACGCUGUCGCCCGCGUCCUCGCGCUGCGUGUCCACCUCCUCCUCCUCCAGCGGCAGCAGCAGCAGCGGCAGCGGCGCCGAGGACGCCGACGACCUCAUGUUCGACCUGAGCUUGAAUUUCUCCCAGGGCGCGCACAGCGCCUGCGAGCAGCCGCUGGGCGCGGGCGCGGCGGGGAACCUGUCCCUGUCGCUGGUGGAUAAGGACCUGGAUUCCUUCAGCGAAGGCAGCCUGGGCUCCCACUUCGAGUUCCCCGACUACUGCACGCCGGAGCUGAGCGAGAUGAUCGCGGGGGACUGGCUGGAGGCGAACUUCUCCGACCUGGUGUUCACGUAUUGAGGGGCGCAGGGCUCCUCGGGAGGCAGUCGUGGCGGUCAGGAUAAAGAGGAGGGGGGAGGGGGGAGGGGGAGAAGAUGCUCAUGGUCAGAGAUGUGGCGCAGAGAAAUUGGAAACGGUGGUGAAAUGUUGGUGGAGUUAAAGUGAAAUGAGUAGUUUUAAACAGAUUUUCCAGGUUUUUAAAUUUUUUUAUUUUUUAUUUUUUUGGUCUCCCCACUCUUCCCUGCCUUUAUCGUGUCUCAAGGUAGUUGCACACCUA